GAUGUAUUGAUGAGGAAAACUGUAUUGCAAAAGUUAAUGGUGAAUUGUUUAUAUGAUUCCCGCUUAGCUAACAAAGCUAGUUUCCUAACUAAGCUCAUAUCCUAUGCUAAUUUCUUACUGACUUAUUAGCAUAAAGCAGUAACAAAUUGCUUUAAGAUGUCAAUCCUUUCACUGGCCACUUCCAUUGCUCGUUUUUGAUGGACCAUGAGUUCCAACAUAUGCAAAAAUGCAAAAUAGAGAUGGCGUAUACCAGGAGAUGCAGGAACACGUGUGGAAAUGUUGUAUUGUGCGAGUUAUGAACCAAAAGGCGUUUAUUUUUACAAUAGAGCCCCCUUAUGGUUAGGAUGGUUGUUUUUUUUCUAACAAAUAUUUGCAAGUGCUGCUAGGAUUACUGUCUGUUAAAUUUUCGCCUUUGCAUCGUUGACACGACCAUUUUAACAGAAUAAUAAUGCUAAUAGUAAUAAUAACAACGCUGGUGCUUGGGCCCAGAACAAACAAUACGUUUCAUUUAUCACCGUUGGGUUUUAGACAAAAAAAACUCUGUAUGCAAAAUGAUUCUAUUCCAUUUGGCCGAGUCUUCUGUCUUCCUUUUGCGAUUAUCAAUUUAAGGCUGAUGAGAACCAGAGUGUGAGGAGUCUGAUAUGUACCAUUUCCCCAUGGUACAUGAAUGCAACACACCAGCAGAGGAACUCUCCCUGCGCAUGCGCCCAGUAUUAGCAUUACGAGUAUACUCUAAUGUCUGUUUGUGCUUCUAAAAGGUGUGUUGUCAUUUAGUCACAUCGGUGUGUUUUUGUUGCACGCAUAUGUUAGUGUCCUUGGAGCGAGUCAGUGUCCGUCCAUGUAUCGCACAGAGAAGCUGUAGCUACCGCACAGCCGAGCAAACGGACUAUGUCUGCAAAUAAAACAAAGAAAGUCAAGAUGGCUACUAAAUCUUGUCCUGAAUGCGACCAACAGAUUCCAGUUGCGUGCAAGUCCUGUCCGUGUGGUUACGUGUUUAUAAGCAGAAAACUUCUAAAUGCCAAAUUAAAUGAGCGCUCUUCUCCAGCUAUAGCAGACAAGCUGGACUUUAAGCGGAGGAGGACAGAACGCAUUCGCAGAGAAAGGAUAGACUCUUCUUUAACCAGUGACAUGGAGAACAGGAGAAGAUCCCGAGCCAACAGCCAAUCGGAUCCCAUUCGGAGGGGACGGGGCAGACCAAAGACAGUGGGUCUGAAGAAACAGGAAGAGGAGAAAGAGAAACAAGAGAAGGAGGUGGAUAUGUAUGCCAGUCUUUCAGAUGAGAAGGCCUUUGUGUUUUCUGUGGCCUUGGCUGAGAUCAACCGCAAGAUAUUGGGUCAAAGACUCAUCUUAUAGAUUAAGGCCUGCCUACAUGAGAAUCCUGGCACAGAGAACCUACCAUAUAAAAACUAUCAAACAGCAAGGGGAUAACCAAAGAGGGCAGAACUGUCUGGAGCUGAACUUUGAUCUGGAUGUCUUUCACUUGGAUGAUGGGAUGAGAUUGAGAAACCUGCGGAAGCUUCAGACUGAAGUAGAGGGUGUUGUCGUUGGGGGAUCACAGCUCUUCAGCACCUUGUAUUAUACACCCACCACAGACAUGCAAAUAUAUGUUUCUAGAGUAUGGAUUGUGUUGUAACGACAUACGUAGAACCAGGAAAAGAAGCAUAGAUGAUAUUUCCCAACUUUUCUGCAGAUACAAAUAUGACAUUUCACUAAAGAAAUACUACAUUCAUCUGAAAUAAAGACUGUUAUCAAGUGAACAUCCUCAAUUGACAGCAGCUCCACGUUAAUGGGAGGGACCAAGAUAUUGUGGUAGCUGCGUGCUUUCUUAUAAACUGAAGAUGCAAUAAAUAUUUUUUUUAAUUUCCAUUGUUAAGUGAUCUAUAAGUAAUGUUGAGCACGUAGUGCAUCCUAUGCACAGUACACACCAUGUAUUUAUUAGUUACUUUUAUAGACUAUGUCAAAUGUUCUUAUUGAAGAAGAAUUUCACCUUGCUUUGAAUUAAACUAGAUAACAAAAAUUGCAAUCGACUAAAGACGGUGUCCGGCUUUCCUAGAUUCAUAAAGGAAGUCAGAAAAAUCUUUCUCCAAUUGUGAGGUCGUGCUGAUGCAGUGAAUACCUUCUUUUAAAAUAAAUGAAUUUCAUCAAUCUAUCCAACUUUGAUUCAAUCAGCAAUUUUUGUUGGCUAAUUAAUUCAUGUUCUGUUUGAUGGGCCAUGCAUGUGUGUGUGUGUGUGUGUAUAUAUAUAUAUAUGUGUAUAUUUUAUAUCAAUAAUUAUAUUUUCCACAUAAAUGAAAAGACACCAUACACCCAAAAUAGACUGUCAAGGCACAAAAACAUCCUUUGCAGAUUUUUUAUUUCUUAAUCGUCAUGUCCCAAGAGUCAUGAAAUUCAGUUCUAUUACUUCAGAAUAUUAAAAACAAUGAAAAACACUUUUUAGUGUUUUAGGUUUAGUUACAGAUACAAGAUAAAUACCACAGUCCAGUUCUGUGGAUUGAAUCCGUUUGGGACAUGAGGAACUAUGAUGCUAAAACAAACCCUUCACUGAAAGCAAGUUGUGGAUGAUUUUUGGAUUUUAAUACUCCAAAAUUUAAAAUUUUAAUGUAGUCCCUGAAUGUAUCACAUGGGUCAGAAAUCUUAUGCUAUUCUACUCUUUUCUGGACUGUAUAAUCUUUUUUUUUUUUUAAAUGCCUUUAAUCCUCUCAUUUUAAGCAGAUGAUAUAGAAAACUGAUGUGUUUUGAGACAAAAUGGAUUGUUUCAAAUUCUCACUAAAGACAACCUCCAUGUAAGAAAUGUAUCCUUCCCAUAUAUAUUAUCUACCCAAUAAAUGAAAUAAUAAACUCAGAUACCAGUAAAGUUAGACCAGUUGGCCACAUGCAUUCUGCUGGUUUUUUCUGUCAGUGUGUCGGUGUCAUUGUCACUGACGUUUUUCGUAACAAUGACUCGGCAUUACUCUCUUAACUCUUCUUUCACAGUUUGUAUCUGUAAAAGCUUGUGGUUAGCACUGUCUGGCUCUGGCCUGUCUGAGUGGAUUUGCAUGCUCUCCCUGUGACUGUUUCCUGCAGUCCAUCCAUGGGUGGCACAGACAUGCGGGUUGUUAAAAUAAUGACUGGUGUGGAUGUGAGUGAGAUGUGAACUGCACAAGUGAGUGACUGGACUGUCCAGGUGUUCGCCACCUCUCACCUAUGUGGACUGGGAUACACUAUACUGAGCAGACGCCAUGUGGAUAAUGGAUUGAUGGCUGUUAAAGAUUACAUCAUGUAUUUUGAAU